GAAGGGCAACCUUGUGAGAGAAAAAGGACUGGCGCAUGAACUUAGACGCCAAAUCAUACGUUGAAUUCCAUGGAGGCUGCGUGAGAGCCCUCCUUGCAGACGAUGUAGUAUUGCCUUACUUCAUGACAGAUCUCUAUGUAUUGUAUUACAUGCAUGUGUUUUUUGCUACACUGGGAAGACAAUCACAAACGCAAAAUGCAGUCACCAGACAUGAGGGUGUGAUAUGAAAACAGACCAUGAUAAACGCCUCGAAGCAAACUCGGAAUAUUGCCCCGUCAUGCUAGAACAUUUCUGAUGCGAUAAAGGAAAAGAGAUGGAAUAACGUAAACAUCCAAGAAUGUAAAAAACGGGAGAUCCGUUCCGUGAACAACCCAGAUCUAACAAUGUCACAUAGGAAAUUAAUAACACAUUCUCUGUAUCGAUUUUUCUUUCUUUCUUUCUUUCUU